AUGCUUGUUUCUCUCUCUCUCUCUCUCUCUCUCUCUCUCUCUCUCUCUCUCUCUCUCUGUCCAUCCAGCAUUAUCUCUUUCCUCUACCUCCUCACAUUUCCAUUCUUUCUUCUUUCCUAUUUUUCUCUUACUGUAUUUCCUCUCUUAUUGUCAACUCUCCAUUUUCAUCUCACACUCUCGUCUUCUCUUCCUCUUUUCUUUCUACAUUUUCUCCCUUCGUUUCACUACUUCUGUUUCUGUUUUCCCUUUCUUUCGAUAGAUCUUUCCAUCUUUUUAUUACUCAUGGAACACUUGAAUCCAGUAUUAAUCUUUUUUCUUCCUGUUAGCUACUAUAAUUUUUUUCAUUCCUUUCAUCUAAACUUCGUUCUAAUACUCUUUCCCUCCCAUUUUCAUCAACGAAUUACUUUUAUCUCUCUCUCUCUCCCUCCCUCUCCCUCUCUCUCUCAGAAAUUCCGAUUCAUUUACUUUUCUCUUGAUUUUCUUUUACUUCUCCGUAUAAGUUUUCGUCUUUGUCUUUUUCUUUUUCUUCUCUUUUUGCUGUUUCGUUAUUUCUACUGUUUCUCUUCCUCCGCAUCCACCUUCUCUCUCUCUCUCUCUCUCUCUCUCUCUCUCUCUCUCUCUCUCUCUCUCUCUCUCUCUCUCUCUCUCUCGUGA